AGGAGAGAGAGAGAGAGAGAGUAGAGAGAGGAGGAGAGAGGGAGGAAAAGGAAAAGGAAAAAAGAAAAAAAAAACGGCUCCGUGUCUACUACAAACGCGGCGGUGCAGGUGCUCUGUCUCUUCGGGAGAGGAUGCGGAUGGGAGGACGGGGGAGGGAAGAAGAAGAAGAAGAAGAAGGGAUGAAGGCAAAGCAGCGCCGCGGGGAGAGAGACUGAGAGACGUGGAAUGAAAACGGGGCUUGCGCCGAAGAGUCCGAGAGGUGCAAGGUCGAAUAUGAGCAAUUGGUCGAACGGGGCACUUUGCGUGGUAAUAGCUGGUCGGCAAUAGUACUAUGAUUUGGUAUGUGGCCACUCUGAUAGCAAGUGUAUUCAGCACCAGAGGAACGGCCGCUCAAGGUGCCCACGGAGUGAGAGAGGAGCCCCGGUUUGUGACGGCGCGUGCUGGAGAGAGCGUGAUCCUGGGGUGUGACGUGUCCCCUCCCCUGGACGGCCAGCAGCCCCCCUAUGUGGUGGAGUGGUUCAAGUUCGGAGUGCCUAUCCCCUUCUUCAUCAACUUCCGUUUCUACCCUCCUCAUGUGGACCCAGAGUACACUGGCAGAGCUUCUCUGCAUGGGAAGGCCUCCUUGCAGAUCGAGCCGGUGCGCUCCGAGGACCAGGGCUGGUACGAGUGCAGGGUCCUGAUGCUGGAGCAACAGUACGACACCUUCCACAAUGGCAGCUGGGUGCACCUCACGGUCAACGCCCCACCUUCAUUCACAGCGACGCCGCAGCAGUAUGUGGAGACGAAGGAAGGGGGAAGCACCCUGCUCAGCUGCUCUGCCCAGGGAAACCCAAAACCAAUGAUCAGCUGGCUCAGAGAAGGGGAGGAGCUUGCAACCAACUCAAAAUACUCGGUACACGACGGCAGCCUGACCAUUCUCGGCAUCACCAGAGACGACAGAGGGGCGUACACGUGCAGAGCGUACAGCGACCAGGGAGAGGUGCUUCACACCACCCGCCUCUUAGUUCAAGGACCUCCCUACAUCGUCUCGCCACCAGAAAACGUCACCGUAAACAUAUCACAGAACGCACUCUUCACCUGCCAAGCGGAGGCCUACCCUGGCAACCUGACCUACACCUGGUUUUGGGAAGAGGACAACGUCUACUUCAAGAAUGACCUGAAGCUCCGAGUCCGCAUCCUCAUCGACGGCACCCUCAUCAUAUUCCGGGUCAAGCCUGAGGAUGCCGGGAAGUACACCUGCAGUCCGAGCAACAGCCUUGGGAUCUCGCCGUCGGCUUCAGCGUACCUGACUGUUCAGUACCCGGCUCGAGUGAUCAACAUGCCCCCGGUUAUCUACGUCCCACGGAAACUGCCAGGAAUCAUCCGCUGCCCUGUGGACGCCAACCCACCCGUGACAUCAGUGAAGUGGGAGAAAGAUGGCUACCCACUCAGGGUGGAAAAGUAUCCCGGCUGGAGCCUGAUGCCGGAUGGAAGUAUCCGGGUGGCAGAGGCCACAGAAGACUCCCUGGGCACCUACACCUGUGUGCCUUACAACGCCCUGGGUACCAUGGGCAUGUCCCCCCCUGCCACUUUGGUGCUAAAGGAUCCCCCUUACUUUAACGUGAGACCUGGGGGGGAGUACCGUCAGGAGGCUGGGAGAGAGCUAGUAAUCCCUUGUGCUGCUUCUGGAGACCCCGAUAUACCAACCAUCACCUGGAGAAAGGUGGGGAAGCCAAGCAGAAGUAAACACAACAUCCUACCCAGUGGCAGCUUACAGUUUUUGUCUCUCAGCAAGGAGGACCAUGGAGAGUGGGAGUGUGUAGCCACCAAUGUGGUCACAAGCAUCACUGCCAGCACACGUAUUCUAGUCAUCGGUACCAGCCCACACGCUCCAGGCAAUAUCCAUGUGUUGCCCUCUACAACCUCUGCUAAUGUGUCCUGGGAACCAGGCUAUGACGGUGGCUUCGAGCAGACGUUCUCUGUGUGGUAUGGUCCAGUGUCUAAGAGAACAGACUUUGGUCCUCAUGACUGGCAUUCGAUGCCAGUUUCUGGUGCUCAGACCUGGUUGGUGGUGCCAGGGCUGGAGCCUGGGACGGAGUACCAGUUCAGUGUGCUGGCUCAAAACAAACUGGGCACGGGCCCAUUCAGCGAAGUGGUGACAGUCACCACCGCAGGCUCUCCUCUGGGUACCGCUGAACCUCUGGUGCUUCUUACUCCACCACGGUGCCUCACAGCCAAUCGCACGCAGCACGGUGUCCUCCUCACAUGGCUCCCACCAGCCAACCACUCGUCCCCCAUCGACCGAUAUAUCAUGGAGUUCCGCCUUGGGGAGAGGUGGGAAGUUCUCGAUGACUUGAUUCCAUCCACCGAGACCGAGCUGGUAGCGAGAGACCUCGUUCAGGAGUCCUGGUACGAGUUCCGAGUGAUGGCGGUCAUGGACGACCUGAUCAGCGAGAGCAGCAACGUAGUGGGAGUGUCUAGCACAGCAGACCCCUUCCCUGCUGCAGAGUUGCCUGAAGAGGGGCUGGCACGGCCUGUGGUGGCAGGCGUCGUGGCGACCAUCUGUUUUCUGGCAGCGGCGGUGCUGUUCAGCACGUUAGCAGCCUGCUUUGUCAAUAAACAACACCGUCGAAAACUUAAGCGUAAACCAGAUCCUCCCUUGUCAGUGACGCACUUCAGGAAAAGCAUUGAGUCGCCGCCUCCUCUCACCCCCUUGCCAGGGGUAGAGCCCUGCUGGGACGAGCCAGCCAGGAGCAGUUUCUUGCCCCCACCGGCCAGCCCCCUGUUAUCGUCGGGGAAGAUAAGUCCAGAGAGCUCCCCUCCGUCCCGGCCCCGCUCUCUGUCGUCCGAGGGUUCCCACGGCCCGGGCCUGUACGUCAGGAAGCUGCCCAGCCCUCAGAGAGAAAAGGACAAAGAGCUCUCCUUCUACAAGAAAACCAAGCGUGCCAUAGCCAGCAAGAAAUACAGUGUGUCCAAACACGAGGCGGAGGUCACCACGCCUAUAGAGCUGAUAAGCCGAGGCCCUGAUGGCCGCUUUGUCAUGGAAACCAGCCCGCCUCACCGCCGGAUCCAGGGCUUCCCCUUUGCGGAGGAGUCCGACAUGUACCCGGAGUUCCGGCAGUCGGAUGAGGAGAAUGAUUUUGACCCCGGGCCUCUGCCGCCUAUCAUGCCCACGCUGAGGCCCCAGCUGUCCCCAACGUCCUCCAGUCUGGAGUCAACGCAACCCCCCACCUACAGCCCCCGCCUGCACAGGCCCAUGGAAGGUAUGAGCUUUGCAGAGGGCAGUGCACCUUAUGCCUCAGGGCAGGCCCCAGCCUCCCGCUACAGGGGCUUUCCCCAUGGCCCUUUCUAUGGGUAUCUAGGCAGCCGUGCUGAAUCAGGGAUUCCACCACCGUUCUACAUGCCUGACAUCAGCCCGCGUAGCUCCGCUCUGUCCUCACCCCCGGGCACGGCUGAGGGGCCCUUCGGUUACCCCUCCAUCCCGGAGGAGAGUGAAGGAUUGGAACACCAUCAGUACACUGCCUCCGGCCAUUCUCUGUCGCACACUCACAGCCCUCCUCCCCGCUCACCUGAGAGCUGGCAGGCUCACGAGUUACCCUUCCUGGGCCUAGAGGGCCCACGGUUCAUAUACCCACCUCACCAUCCCUUACAUCACCACCAGAACCUCCCCGACCCACCCCCAUACCCUCCUCAUACUCUCCCCCCCAGCCGCCUGCACCUUCCAUCCCUGAAGGAUCCGACGAGCCCCGGACUUCUGCAGCUGGAGGUCCCUUUGGGUCCACCAGGCAGAGACAGGCCCCCAGGGCCUCCAGUUAGGCGUUUAGCUAUGCAACAGGCCCAGAGUCUCGGCCAGCUCAGACACACAGCCCACGGUGUGGGUGUACCAGUGUUGCCUUACCCUGACCCGGCAGCCCGCGCAGGGAGCCCAAGCACAGCCCCCAGUAGUAGCCCUCAGUCCUGGCUCAGCCCAAGGGCGGGGCGCCGGGCAGACCCCAGCCUACCCCCGCUAGUGCUCCAACCCUCCCGUCUGUCUCCACUCUCCCAGAGCCCUCUUAGCACCCAGCCAGGUUCCCCAGAUAUCCUAGUGAGGCCCCCCCCGCGCCCCAGCAUCCUCCGCACCUCUCGGUCUCUGGAGAUGCCCGAGAUCACCCUGCAGCCCUCGGCCACAGUUAGCUUCUCGCGGAGGUCCUCCCUGACCGCUUCGCCCACUCAGAGCCAGGGCGCCAAGCAACCCAGCCCCGGUUACCCCAUGUCCUAUGCCUCCACCGCUGCCAGUUACCCCUCCCAGUCCCCCUCACCUCCUCCAGAGGGCAGGGAUGUUUUUGGGCAGAGGCCAUCCCAGAGACGGACAGAGGAGGAGAUGCUACCCUCAGAGCCCUCCCAGCUCCAGAUCUCAGCCUCAGGGGAACCUCUAGGUGCGUCUAGUGAUACUGCCGGGUCUGAGAGCUUACCAGCACUGCUACACCACUGUAUAGCUAAAGCCAAGGGAGUGGCUGCCAAUAAUAAUAACAACGCAACAUCUGUGAGGAGAACAGGUGUGUCUCCCUCUCAGACCCCGCAGCAAUCUCAGACACCCCAAGAGGGAGAAGACUUCAACCUUCGCAAAAAGAGUAAAAAGCAAAACAAGAGCCCUUACCGCUACUUGACCUCCUUCCUGCAGCGUAGGCCGUCUGAGGAGGACCAGACAGGCAUCCUGGCCAGUGCAGACUCUGAGGGCCCGAAUUAUGGAACUCUACGCUGACCCGUGUGCCCCACCAAGCCAUUGGACCCAAUUAAGCUGGCCCCUCAUGGAAGCAAAGUCCAAAACACCUCAGUUCUCCGCCCACCUCCCCCCCUGCGCAUCAACAGCGACAAACAAAGGUUUCAUACAAUCCGUACAACUUGAUGUGUCUGAGGAGCCGCGAACUGGAUCCUCCAGAGGCUGGAAGCCUCAUCUGAAGACAAGAACAAUGACGAUUUUUUUUUUGUUUAUUUGUUCUUUUCUGAGGAAUUUCACUUGAAAAUGCUCUGAGAAAUAUAUAAUGUAUAUAACUAGUAAAACAAGGGAAUUAAGCUUCCUCUUACAGUAAUAAAGUGUGUUGGUUGAGUAUGACACAACACUUAAAAAAAAAAAAAAAGAUUUUUCCACUCACUUAUCAUUGAGGGUUCAUACCUUUUAGGUUUUUCAGUGAAACAGUGUACUGUUAAAGCCUGGUGCGUCCUUGUACAGGGACAUGAGUCUACCUUUCCUACAAUACAACUAGUGUCAGUCUUUAAACACAGGGUUCUUACCGCAAAAUAUACCUCAGAGUAAACGCAGAGUUGCUGUAAUUCUUGUGGUAUACUGUACGUACUUGACCUUUUUACACUCUAAAGGUACGGACAAAAAGGUUUAUAACGCUCACCCCUCAUUCAAAUGGAUAAUAUGGCCUAGCUUAAUCUUAUUUGGAUGCUUUCCGUUACUGCAGCUAGCGCAUCGCGUCUGCUUUUGGGGGUUUCUGAGUGGAGAGGAGUGUUGCGCUCUGUGUCGUCACGCCCGUUGCUAGGGCACGGUGUUAUGACUAAAGACCAUAGCCUUCGUGAGACCUCGUGGAAAAUUUCGGGGGACUUUCAUGCUCAGCAGAGGUUGGACUUAAGGAGCGACGAAACAAAAGUAUGAAGUGUCUGUAUGUAUCUCAUUCUUAAAGAAUCAUUUGUGAAAUUGGGCACAUUUUGAGGUGCCUUUACUUUGCCUUUUGUUGUUUUUUUUUUUGUUUUCUCUAACAUAAACUGCCUUUUUUUUCCCGUCGCCUUCUCAUGCUUGUCACUCUGAGGAAGUGAGAACUCCAAUAAUGUCUGGGUUUUCUUUAUAUUGCUUUUUGUCUGCCAAGGACACAUGAAAGAGAGAGUGCGUAAGUCUAAUUUAGCUUGUUUUAACAAUAGUACCAGGAGACUUUUGUUUUCAAAAAAAAAAUAUAUAUAUAUACAUUAUAUAAAAAUUGCGGGGGCAAGAAAUCCCAAGUAAGCUGCACAGUGAAGAUGUAAAAGUUUGACAUCAGCUGUUAGAGUGGAAUGUUGUUGCUUCACGAAGCUGUAAAACAAGCAAUGGGGAAUCUCCAAACAAAAUGGCCACCCUGACUGUUUAUCUCUUACAAACUGUAUAUUAAUUGCUAGCUACUUCUCUAUACGUUUGCUGAUUUUUUUAAAAUUAUUAUUAUUACUUUUUUUGACACUAACCGAUAAUGAAUGUAUGUUUUGCUGUACAGGAAAUGAAUGUCCCUUUGUCACGGUGCAUUGAAUGACCCCUCGAAAUGCUUACGAAGCGCAGCUGAGACGACCAGACGGCAAAAAUAGGUCCAAACUCCAGUGUUCAACGGUCCACGCGCGUUCUGCCGGUUACCGCAUUCUUUGACGAUAUUAUCGUCUUUUCUCUUUCCGAUUGUUUCGCUAAGGCUCGUUCAGUCACGCAAAUAGCAUCAAGCAGGGGGUUUUGGGGGGUUUUUUCCCGCUAAAUUUCAGCAAAUUGGAACGUCUUGCUAUAUCCGAGGCUAAUCCACGUGAAUGAUUCUCUAAAUCUAUUUGGACGAGCGAGAAAGCGGCGAUUGCUUGAAAGCGAGCGACAAACAAAAUAAUUGGUUUCAUGUAAGAUGCAAGGAAAUAAUCUAUAUUUGUUAUGUACUGUACAUGGUGUGUAUUGUAUUUGUAAAGAGAAACCCAACCAUGUUUUACAGGAAGACUUUCUUGUACAGGGAUGUAUGAAUAGAAAAAAAAAAAGAAAAAAAUGGGACGGAUAUCCCAAGUUAAAAGAAGUUAGAUUAUAUAUCAAAGUAUUUGCUUACGAUACGGCUUUAAGUGGAUGUUUUAAAAACAUUUUAAGGUGCCUAAUUUGUCAUACUUUAGCAGACGUUAUUUUAUCUGAGAAGAAAAGUACACUUAAUGUUAGUACCGGACGCUUUAGAAGCAGAAAUGUGUUGCCCUCUAUUAUAUUUCUGAAACAAAGUAAUAAUGUAUUUUGCCCAUUCAUGAGCACACAUGUAGAUUCACGACGGUUUUCUUCGCCUUCACGUGUCCGAAGCAAAUAAACCUGAAGGAAACUUUUAGAUUUUUAUUUUUUUUUUACUUUUACCCCUUUUGUUUGGUUUCCUAAAAGCAACGGACAUGCUGUAGACAUGUACAAAACGUGCUGUGGAGGAAAUAGUGUUUACAUUAGUUUGAUGAAAUUAAAGUGUGUUAGGGCAUAGUUGCUUUGAACAUUACGACUUGGUGCUAUGUUUAACUUUGUGGUGCUGUAGAAUAGAGGUCUGAAGAUUUGUUUCCGUUUCCGGAAGGAACUUUUUCUCCGCCCCCUACAUGUGUGUGUGUGUGUGUGCGCGCGCGUGCGUGUGAGCAGCUAAACUAGCUCUGGUAGACAUUGUCCUAAUCAUAACAGUGUGACUACAGUGAUAGACAAUACUGGAUAAAAGUAGACGUAUACCUUGAUUAAUAGAGACCUGUGACAUUCAAUGAACUCAAAAAUGACCUGUUUUCUAUAAUGUGUUUUUUGCUAUGUUUGUCUGUGCUUCCAAGAUACCCUCUUUAAAAUAUAUUUGUGGUGAUAUUGAAAUUAUUAACCCAGCCUAAGCGGGAGAAACGUAGCCUGACUUAGAUUAGCAACUAGUCACGGGACACAUGGAAGAGAAUCGGAGUGCGCUGUCAGGUCGGGGGGGGGGGUCUUUUCUGCAAACUUCCUGUACAGUGCUGUGAAAAAGUAUUUGCCUCGUUUAAAGAUUUCAUCUAUUUGUGCUUUUGUUUUGCUUGGAAGUGGUUUAAGCCACAAAGGUAAAUGUAAUAUCGGUCAAGUGGAACCUGAGUAAAUGCAAAAUGCAUUUUUCAAGUGGGUGAUGGGGGGAAGGUAUCCGUAAAAUCUGUCCUUAUGUGGAAGAAAUAAUCCACCCUUCCUGAAUCACGAAUUGACACAUCUUUUGACAGCUGAGCUGAGCAGAUUAUUGCCAUAUCUGUAAAAUCAGGAAUUCACAUAAGCAGGACUUUUUUUUUUACAACAUAAAAGUUUGAUAAAAUAUCUCGAAAUUCAAGAAAUCAAAAAGCAAAAACUCAUCAGGAAGAGGCGAAAAGCAAAGUCAAUGCAAUCUAUCAGUGGCGUAAAACUAAUUCUUUAGCAAAGAAUUUCCAAUCGGUAGUUUGUAACCUUGCUCAACAAAGAAGAAAAAGACAAGCUUGGAGUCGUCUAGUUUGAACCUAAAAUGUGAUUAAAAUGUUGUGGCUAGAUUUUAUUAAGACCUUUCACUCUUGGGAACUAUAAUUAGUGUGACUAAUUCAAACAAUUCUGUAAAGAAAAAUGGUUCAAAAUUCCUUCACAUUGAUGCAAAAGUCUAAUUGCCCGUCAUCACAAUGAAUGCCUAAUUGUUGCCCACAAUGUUGGCACAACCAGCAGUUGAGUUUACGGGCAAUUUUAUUUUUCACAUGGGUUAAUUUGCAUAUCUUUUUGUACCUUAAUAAAUAAAAUCAUCAUUUCAAUCUGCAUUUUUUUUCUAAAGUAUGACCAAAACAAAUAUCAAAAACUUUAAAUCUGUAAGAGGGGGAAAUGCUUUUCCACAGCAAUGUAGGUCUAUGGUCAACAGCACCUGUUUUUUCAAGCACACUUCUACUACUACUACUACUGAGGACGCAAACGUCUCACCUCAUCCCACCAUCGACUUUUUUAAACGAACAACUCCUAUUAGUACUGUACAGUUUAGCCAUGAGUCGUUGCAUUUAUUCUCUUGUCAGAAAAGCUCACACAUCCCCACCACUGCUGUUUUUUUAUUUUUUAUUUUUUUACAAACAGACGCUGUCUUCCGGGCUCGUCAUUUGUUUCUUCGCAAAAUCCAACGGGAACGUGUACAGCGUUUAAGAGGGCUGCUUUGGACGUACUGUUAGCGACUUUUUCUGUUCCGUUUCUCUGUUAUUUUUGGGGGGGGUUCUGCUUAUGGCUCUUAGUGCAUCACUAGCUGCUGGUAGGAUGAUACGUGAAAGAUUUGACUUUCUUUUUAUUUUCUUUCUUUUUUUAAAAUUGUAUUAAUCUUGCAUGUAGAGACAAUUACAAAAAUGCCUAUUUAGCAAUCAUUCAUGGCCAUGUGAGCUGGUUUGUUAUUGGACGGAAGCUAGAAAAGUACGUAGUAUUUUCUAUAUUCUCUUUAUCUCUUUUGUUCGUUUGUUUCCGUUUGUUCUUCAUGUGUACCAGCACUGAGAAGCUAGAAUGUAUAAUUAAUCGUAGGCUACUAUAAGCACUACAUUGUUGACUGUUUUAGCUCAUAUUCAAGCAAACCCAGUAGUGCUUAAAAGAAGUGAGAAAUCCCCGUGUUUCGUUUCACUUUCAUCCACCGAACUCUGUGCUGUACAUCACAUGUUUACAUUCUGUAUUUUACAUGUUUUCAUUGUUCUUGUUUUGGUUUUGAUCAUGAUGUCCAUAUGUAAAUAUUCAGAGUUAAAACUUUUUCCACUCUUCUCUUUUUUAAAGACGAUAACACUGAUUGUUUCUUUAAUUUUUAUUUUUAUUUUUAGAAAUGCCAUUUUAUUCUGUCACCGCAUCAGGUUUUUUGAUGCUUUACUUAACUUUUUUUUUUUUUUUGUGAGCAAUUAACUCAUACUGUAUGGUGCUGUACCAAAGCCUUAUGUAUAAUAUCUGUACUAUUUUUUUUUUUUUUUCACCACUGCUAUCCAGUGACUCGUCUUGAGAUCAUGUCUUGGUCACUACUCAUGUUCAACUGCCAUGAAUUUUCUUUUCAUUUUUCUCUCUCUCUUCUCUUCGAGUAAGCAGAAACCUGAACAAACUAAAAUGUAAAAAAAAAAAAAAA